AUGGGAUCGUUCGUGUCUCAGGCGAUCCUGCUUGCUUCGUUCCAUCUCUUGCUCGGCGAAAACAGCUCACAGUUUGUGUUCAAUCUGGAGUCGGUUGUAAAGAAUUACGUGGACGACUACGCAGCAAAACGUCAAACCACAGCAUGGUUUUACGAUAUGUGGGCGCAGCACCCUCAGUUGCAGGAGCGCGGAGUGUACAAAAGGUACCAGGUGCGAGUGACGGCGAGUAACUUUGAGUUUGGAGAAGCCAUUGGGGAACACACACGACCCACGGAGGUCUUCACCACCACGUAUACAAACGAACAGAAGACGGAUGCAAUACACACUGUAAAGCAAACCUAUCUAAACACGGAGUUUUCCACUAUUAAGUUGGAAAGGGGAUUCGAGUCGAAGUACAAGACGAGCAUUAAUGUCGGAGUACCUGGCAUUGUUAGCGCAGGCGGUGGAUUCAGCUUCGAUUACACCCUCAACAAGACGACAUCCGACACCAAGAGCAAGACUGAGACUUUGAGUAUCGAACUCCAGGUUGCCGUUCCGAGCAAAAAGACGGUGCAAGUUACGUGGUACGUCACCAACAAGGUCGUGGACUUCCCUUGGACUGCCACUGUGUAUGUAAGGGGAUGGUUCGCCUUCUGGCUCAAUCACCCAGUCAACAAUCACCGACUCUGGUUCUUCCCUGUAUCUGUCUUGGCCAAUAUAGACAAGAACCUGACCGUCGUCGAUAGUCUUACAGUCACCUUUGAGGCUUCAGGCUUCUUCAGGAAGAUAGCAACCCUCGACUCCAGGGUCUUCGUGUACGAGUUAAGGAGGUUCGAACGAACGAAGCCCACAACUACAAGACGACCAAAGCCCUUGAGAAUGCCUCCAGUCCUAGAGUAG